AUGGCCGCCCGCCCCGCCCGCGGCCGGCGGGGGGGCCGGGCCGCCCGGCCGGGGCGGGGGGCCGGGGGUCUCUGCGGACGGAAAAGGACAGCGCACCUAGCCCCGCCCCCCGACUUCCGGCGAGCCACCGUUUGGGGCCUUGGCCCCGCCCGCCAUAUGCCCCAACUUCCGGUGGCCUCCCCACGCAGGGACUUAGCCCCGCCCCCUCACUCGGGCCCCGCCCCCAACUUCCGGCGGCCCCCUCACCCAGGAAACAGCCCCGCCCCCAACUUCCGGCACCUAGCCCCGCCCCCCGGCUUCCGGCGAGCCGACAUUUGGGGCCUUAGCCCCGCCCCCUCAGGCCAUACCCCCAACAUCCGGAAACAGCCCCUCCCCAACUUCCGGUGGCCCCUCCCCAGGGCCUUAGCCCCGCCCCGACUUCCGACUCAGGCCACGCCCCAACUUCCGGUGGCCUCCGCGCCCAGGAAACUUAGCCCCGCCCCCAACACCCGGUGGCCCCUCCCCAGGGCCUUAGCCCCGCCUUCCGGACAGCCCGUCACCCCGGGCCUUAGCCCCGCCCACAACUUCCGGCGGUCCUCCCCGCCCCCUCAGGCCACGCCCUCCGACUUCCGGUUGUCCCAUACCCGGGGCCCUAGCCCCUCCCUCUCAGCAUCCACCCACGCCCUCCAACUUCCGGCUGCCCUUCAACCUCAGGCCCUAACCCCGCCCCCGGCUAGAAGUGGCCCCUUCCCCAGGGCCUUAGCCCCCCCUACCCCACCCACCGACUUCCGGACAUUAGACCCACCCCCAGUUUCAGAAAAGCCCCUCCACCUAGCGGCCUUCAUGCAAUUGGCCCCGCCCCCAACUUCCGGUAUGCCCUACGUCUUCAGCCCCGCCCCCUCGCGGCUUAAAGGCCGGUGGCCCCGCCCCCAACUUCCGGUAGACCCUAAAUCAUCAGCCCCGCCCCCUCACGGCCUCCGUGCCCCUGGCCCCGCCCCCCAACUUCCGCCCCUCCCCCAAACGGCCUUCAGGCCACUGGCCCCACCCCCUCAGGACCAUGACUGGCCCCCAACUUCCGGUAGCCCCUCCCCGGGCCUUAGCCCCGCCCCCAACUUCCGGCCACUGGCCCCACCCCCUCAGGACCUUAACCGGCCCCCAACUUCCGGUAGCCCCGCCCCCUCGCGGCCUUCAGACCACAGACCGUUGGCCCCUCCCCCUCAGCUUCAGGCUCCGCCCCCCGACCCCCCUGACCCCACAGACCAUUGGCCACCCCCGGACCGGGCCCCGCCCCCCAACUUCCGGCAGGCGCUGACGGCAGCCCCGCCCCCUCACGGCCUCCAGGCCACAGAUCAUCGUCCCUGCUCCCCUCAGGCCCCUCCCCCUCAACUUCAGGCUCCGCCCCCUAACAUCCCUCACCCCGGAGACCAUUGGUCACCCCCGGACCGGGCCCCGCCCCCCAACUUCCGGCAGGUCCUGACAUUAGCCCCGCCCCCUCACGGCCUUCAGGCCACCGACCAUCGGCCCCGCCCCCCAACUUCCGGUCGCCACAGACACUCGCCCCGCCCACAGCAUCGGACAAGCCUCGCCCAGUCGCGUCCCUUGGCCCCGCCCCCUCAACUUCAGGCUCCGCCCCCCGACACCCCUGACCCCACAGACCAUUGGUCACCCCCGGACCGGGCCCCGCCCCGCAACUUCCGGCAGGUCCCGACAUUAGCCCCGCCCCCUCACGCCCUCCAGCCAAUUGGCCCCGCCCCCCAACUUCCGGUCGCCCCUCCCCAGGUCGGCGGCCGGAUCCGCAGCCCGGGCCCCUCCCGCCGCCAUCUUGAGCGUCUCCCUCCUCCCUCCGGCCCCGCCCCGCCCCCCGCCCACCUUAAAGGCGCCGCGCCCGAUCCCGCGGCGGACCCGGGCCGCGGUCCCACCGAACUCCCCCUCCCACCGUUCACCUCGGACGACGGCCACGCCCCCUUUGACGUCACACGCUGGUCAAAGCCACGCCCCCUUCAGGCGCCGACCAAUCCCCGCAUCCUCCGCCCCCGCCGCGGUCUCCCAUUGGCCGGCCGGGACCCCGCCCUCACACCGAUUGGCUGA